AUAUUGAAUGCGCUUGGAUUAUUUGGCGGAGCAUUUGGGCUAAUUACAAGUUUUUAUGCAUUACUUUUUGGUGCAGAUACUAUUAAACCAUGGGGAUUAGUUCAAAAGCAUCUUUUCAAAGUUAACCAAAUUGUAAAGGAUAAAUUAUUAGUUACUUUAGAAUCAAUGCCAUUCAUUAGUCACUUAACUAAUGAUACAAAUGAUUUAAAGGAUGAAAUUUUAAUUAACCAACUUGAAAAAAGAUUAGAUUUGUUACAAUUAUUUUUAAGAGAUUAUGUAGUAAAUGUCCAAUAUUUAGAAAAAAUUCAGCAAUCCAACAUAGUAACUAAUGAAGUAUCCGAUGAUAACUAG